GCGCUACUGCAAUCAAAAAGCUACUCUGGUGACCACGUUGAACUAUAUAACACAUUUUCACCGCGAACUCACCCUUUGUGAUAAUGUCGGCAGAUUAUGAAGAGAGACCCAGAGACAAUGGCCCCGAGGGCAUGGAGCCGGAAGGAGUCAUUGAGAGCAACUGGAACGAGAUCGUGGACAGCUUUGAUGACAUGAACCUGCGUGAGACUUUGCUUAGAGGAAUCUACGCCUAUGGUUUUGAGAAGCCCUCUGCCAUUCAGCAGCGGGCCAUUCUCCCUUGUAUCAAGGGGUAUGAUGUGAUUGCACAGGCACAGUCAGGCACAGGGAAGACCGCCACCUUCGCCAUCUCGAUCCUGCAGCAGAUCGACACUGAGCUGAAGGGCACGCAGGCUCUAGUCCUGGCCCCCACCAGAGAGUUGGCUCAGCAGAUUCAGAAGGUGAUUCUGGCCCUGGGUGACUACAUGGGCGCGUCGUGCCAUGCCUGCAUCGGGGGAACCAACGUGCGGAACGAGGUGCAGAAGCUGCAGGCGGAGGCACCCAACAUAGUGGUGGGGACCCCAGGCCGCGUCUUCGACAUGCUUAACCGCAAGUUCCUCUCUGCCAAGUAUAUUAAGAUGUUUGUGCUGGAUGAGGCUGAUGAGAUGCUGAGCAGAGGGUUCAAGGACCAGAUCUACGAGAUCUUCCAGAAGCUGGCCACGAACACGCAGGUGGUGCUGUUGUCUGCCACAAUGCCCCUCGAUGUGCUAGAGGUCACCAAGAAGUUCAUGCGAGAGCCUGUGCGCAUCCUGGUGAAGAAGGAAGAGCUGACGCUGGAGGGUAUUCGCCAGUUCUACAUCAACGUGGAGAAAGAGGAGUGGAAGCUGGACACCCUGUGUGACCUGUACGAGACCCUGACCAUCACUCAGGCCGUCAUCUUCAUCAACACCCGGCGGAAGGUCGACUGGCUGACCGAGAAGAUGCACGCCAGAGACUUCACCGUCUCUGCCUUGCACGGAGACAUGGACCAGAAGGAGCGCGACCUGAUCAUGAGGGAGUUCCGCUCAGGGUCCAGCAGAGUCCUCAUCACCACUGACCUGCUGGCCAGAGGAAUUGAUGUACAGCAGGUGUCCCUGGUCAUCAAUUACGACCUUCCUACCAACCGUGAAAACUACAUUCACAGGAUUGGCCGAGGGGGUCGUUUUGGCAGAAAAGGGGUGGCCAUCAACAUGGUGACUGAAGACGACAAACGCACACUUCGUGACAUCGAGAGCUUCUACAACACCACCGUGGAGGAGAUGCCCAUGAACGUGGCCGACCUGAUCUAGAAAUGUCCACUGAACCCCCUCACAGGAGAUCACGCUCUUGUCCCCCACCCCACCAGACACAAGCAUCCUUUAACCUCUCCAAAGACCUCCUCCCUUCUCCAAAUUUGUGCUUUGAUGCAAAUGCAGAAGCCAUAAAUGUCCCCCUUGGGACUGUGGAUUCUAUUACACGCUGCUGCCGUUGAAUAAAAUCCACAGUUCUCUAGGCUGGCAUCAGAACCUGGCCAGUGUGUUCAUCCAUUAUUCAUUUAGUCACCUUGCCUGUCCAGGAUAUAUUUUUUCUCUCUCCUGAAACUCUUAAUCUCCGCCACCCCCUUCCUACGCAUUAAUAUUCCGGAAUUUCCAGCACCCGUUGGAGCACUUUGAGCCUCCAGGUGGUGCAAAGAAAAUGGACGCCCUUGUAGGCCAGUAAAAGUGGCAUCACAUCCCCCAUAUUGGCUCCAUGAUGGCCGCUCUUCAGUGGUUCCACUGCCCUUCGUUUUCUCUGUUGACUUCCCCAACACUGGUGUGUUACUGUUGCAACUGUCUGGGGGUGUUGUAAUGGAGGGGAAAAAUGGGGUCAUUGCACAAUUUUUUUUUUUUUUCAAUAUACAUUAUUACAUAUGAAUGUUUUUACAGUAUUCAAUAAAUGAUUUAAAAAAAUGAACAGUGAGUCAAAGUUUGCUGUGCAGGGUUAUAAAGACGAGCAAUUUUCAGGCUUGAGCUGUCUCAGUCCCGGUAUUGUUUUACCAUUAGUUUUUUAUUUUUAAUCUAAAAAGUUAUACCAUGCGAUUUGUAGAUUAAAAUUUUCUAUUGGGAGUGGGGUGGGACACGAGGGGCAGUGGACCUGCAGAAAUGUGGUCAUCAGAAGAAAAUGCCAUUUGAGCUGUGUGUUUACAAGUUUUGUUUUAACUUUAAAAGUAUGAAAUGGUGACGUGUAGUAUUUCUGCUUUUGAUAUUGUGUAGUCUUAAAUAAUGUCCCAAGCUAAAAAUGGAUGAGUUUAAAUAUUAAAUUUAAAAUUAAAAAGGACACUGCUCAUUACCGCCAGGGGUGCUUUUAGUGGUCUCUUGAGAUUUUUAGAGGAUGGGGUCCUACAUCUGUACUGUGGAAGUGGUGCCAGACUCUGAAAGGUGUUUGGACUCCUGCAGCAAACCCAUAUAAACAUGCACACCGCCUCAAUAUUCACAUAUACAUCAUUUUACAAAUUUGCGGGUGGGGUGCAACUUCAAUAAAACUGCGAAUGAACAAAAACUA